AUGAAGCGCCUAGUCCAAUCAAAGCAGAAGGUCGAAGUGGAGUUCGAGGAAACGGGCAGCGAUCAAACUGUCGAGGAAAAAGAGGCGGUCAAAGAGGCCUCAGGUAAACCUAUCAGAAGUGCCACCUUGAGCCAGGGAGAGCCUAGUGAGGGUGGGUGUUAUUCAAGUACUAUGGCAGUAAUCCCCGAAGCUGUUCUACCAGCUGGAACUGCUGACAAACCAGUGGAGGGGAAGAAGAAGAAAACAUAG